GUUCUGGGGGCAUCAUCCUGCAGGAGGCUGCGGCAGCUCCAGCUCCCCUGCCCCGAGACCCCGCAACAGCCCCUGCCCCGGCCAUGGCCGCCAAUCUGGAGUACGGGAGCCGAGGGCUGGAAGGUGAGCGGGCGGCCUCCGGGCUCCCUGUUGCCCCGGUACAGGAGGAUGGAGGCUCCUGGGGCUCCGAGGACCGGAGAGGCAUCACCAGAGCUCAGCAGGCAGGGCAUCCUCCCGUUACCAUGGAGACCACAUCCACAGAUUAUACCGAACUAUUCCAUUCCCCUGAACGCGACCGUCAGAAGCUACCAGGUGCCGACGAGGGAGCCUUUUACACAUCUCUGACCUCCGAUGAGAACCCUGCCUCUCGGGCCGACUCGGCCUACUACACGGGCAUUCUUAAGAAAGGAAGUGAAGGCGCGUAUGCAGACAUGUCCGAUGAGUACGACGGCGGAACGCAUCCUUCCCAGGAAAUGCCAGCGUCGGAAGGCCGGGGCUUGUUGAGUUCCGAUUCUGGAAUAGGGAUGACCCCUGCAGAAAGCAGUGACGUGAACAAAACUUUGGUGGAUCCUACCGGAGAAGAUAAAGUAGAUUCUUACAAAUAUAUGGAUAUGAGCAGAUCGCCCGAAGCAAAACCACAAGAAACAGGCGGAGAGGAAGCAAAACCAAGCUCCGGAGGCCAUGGGCACGCUGAAGAACUCGGAAUCCACACCAAAGAUCGUUACAGCGGCAAAAGAUCUGAAGAUCUCCCUUUUGUAGCAUAUAUGGAGGACCCGGAUGACGAUGUUGGGUUAUACACAACAAGAACCAAAGACGCUAAAAUGUCACCGGUGAAAAUCACGCUGACGGGGGCAGAAACCCAAGAAGAAGCUGAUCUCUUCGGAACCUACCAGGAUAAAUCGGAAGCCGGCUUGAAACCAAGUUCCGACGUGGUACCAACCGUGACUGUUUCAGAGCCAGAGGAUGACAGCCCUGAAUCCCUGACCCCUCCUUCCACCGACACAGAUGGAUAUACAGAACCAUCUGCCUCAGAAAAGCCGACUAAGUACAAGAUCUCUGAAGAUGAACUUAUCAGCGCCAUGAAAGCAAAGGAAGAAAAGCAAAGCUUCUCAUACGGAAAUAGCGAAGAAAGCGAAGCAAGCGCAGAAAGACAAGAUCAUAAAAGCGUGCCUGUGAAGCCAGACGCACCAUCUCCAGGCGAUAACGAGGCCUCGAGUGCUGAUUCUGGAGACUCCGAGAUAGAGUUAGUUUCUGAAGACCAUCUGGCAGGAGAAGAGUCCAUGCAGUCUGCCUACAUGACCUUCAGCCACAUGGGUGGACCUCCUCCGUCUCCUGCCUCUCCUUCCAUUCAAUACAGUAUACUACGGGAGGAGCGGGAGGCAGAGCUGGACAGUGAGCUGAUCAUAGAAUCAUGUGAUGGUUCCUCAGCCUCAGAAGAGAGUCCAAAGAGAGAACACGAUUCCCCCAUGAUGAAACCGAUGGGCAUGGACAUUAUCGAGGAAGAAAACGGCUCAAGAACGGAAAGCUUUGAUGCUUCGGACUUUGACUUGUGCAGAUCGGCCGAGAGGAAACUGAACAUGGAAAACCUGGCAGAGUCGGCGGCUUAUUUAAGAAGCUCGUACGCUACAGAUACGAGGGGAGACCCGCCGCUGAUAAAGAAGGACGAAAAGGCGCAGCAGAAAAAGGCAGCAGAACCGUCCGUUCCCCAAAGCCGAGCGUCCGCGAAGCCAAGUGCGGCGACGUCCACCUCUGUGCCGCUUCUGAGCAAAGAGAAAGCUAUGGACCUGUUGUACUGGCGCGACGUGAAGCAGACCAGCAUCGUGUUCGGAAGUGUCCUUCUUAUGCUCUUCUCCCUGACUCAGUUCAGCGUGGUCAGCGUCAUCGCCUACCUAGCGCUCGCUGCCCUGUCAGCCACAAUCAGCUUCAGAAUCUACAAGUCAGUCUUACAAGCCGUACAGAAAACCGACGAGGGACAUCCAUUCAAGAACUUCUUGGAUGUUGAAAUCUCUCUUUCCCAAGAGCAGAUCCAGAAGUACACAGACUGUCUCCAGGUCUACACAAACAGCAUCGUGAAAGAGCUGAGGAGACUUUUCUUGGUACAGGAUCUGGUGGAUUCACUGAAAUUUGCUGUCCUCAUGUGGCUACUGACAUACGUCGGAGCUCUCUUCAAUGGACUGACACUCCUCAUCAUGGCUGUGGUGUCGAUGUUCUCUCUCCCAGUCGUGUACGACAAGUAUCAGGCACAGAUUGACCAGUACUUGGGACUUGUGCGGACAAACAUGAACAUGAUUGUGGCAAAGAUCCAAGCGAAAAUCCCAGGCGCCAAACAGAAAGAAUAAGAAGCGUCCGGAGAAAUCUCCAGCAUUUGGUGAACUUUGGUGAAGUUUAACAUGUAAAACAGCUGUGUGUGCCCCGACACCUCACUUCCAAAUUUACCGCACCAUCUCGAUCCACCGACAGCGUCCCGACGUGUAUCCGAAUAACAAGAGCAGCUGUUUGGACCUUUUGCCUCUACGCUCAUAGAAAACGCGCAAUCAGCCGUGUCAAGCACUCCAGUAUAGUGAAGAGAUACAAAGUGUUCUAGAUGUGUGUUUUUUUUUUGUGUUGCUUAAAAAAAAAAGUGCAUGAUGUUGGAAGCUUAAGUACCGUUUCAUCUUUUUCUAAAUUAAUAAUUAUUAUUAUUAUUCAUUUUUUAUUUAGUGUUCUUUCUGCUCCUCUUUGCCGGCGCUUCUAUAACUUUAAAUGUGAUGUGUGGCUAAGGCUUCAAGCUUAGGGCACUGAUGUACAAAGUUGCUUCUUUGUCUCUGGGCUGCUGGUUGGAUGUAUCUCGAAUAUAUAUAUAUAUUUACGUAGAACUGUAGACCGAUGUUUCGUGUUUUUCCAGCACAAAAAAGUGAAAACCGUGUACGGUACUAUCCGUUUUGUAUGAAUAAACUUGCUGUACUCCUGUUGUAUGGGAUUGCAAAGCAAAUCUACGUGUAUGGUAUCUAGAAACGGUCCAGCUUGUCAAAUUUAUUACAAUUUGUAUGACAUUCUCUGUAGUUCCCAGUGAACUUAUGGACUUCUGAAUAUUUGCACUUAUUAUGUACUUGACACUGAAUGCAUAAAUAAAUGUUACUAAACCUA